CUGAGUAAGAGGAUCGGACCGGGACACCUAAAAUCUCCACCCCCCCCUCUAGCGAUAACGAUCAUUGAGGGGCACAAGGGCGGAACUCUGGAUAUUGGGGCAGGCAGAACUAGUUGGAAGGCACGCGUUAAAUCUCCAUUAGUGGCAUUACAGUGAAGCUAAAGUCAUGUUUAAUGUUAAAAUGGCUUCGACAACUAACUUCAUGAAGUUUCUUCCUCUUGUGUGCCUCCUCGCUCGGUCUGGACAAACGUUUGGGGAUGAACAAGGGUCGGGUGACGUCAGAGUGGUUGUGAAAGAAGGGAGUGACGCCAUUUUACCCUGUUCCCUCAGCACCAAGGAGAACGCUGAGGAGAAACUCUUUGACUGGAAGAAAGAUGGUCAGAAGGAGAUUUUCUUUUAUGAUAGAGGCUCUAACUACAACAACGGCCGUCCAGGUCAAGAUCAUCAGUUCAAAGGUCGGGUUGCACAUUUUCAAGAUGAGCUGAAGUACGGCAACACCUCCAUCAUCAUCAGAAAUACGAAGGUGACCGACAGUGGAGACUACACCUGUGAUUUUCCAAAGCUUGAGCCAAGACAGAUAUUCCACAUUCAUCUUAUUGUUGUUGACUUCGCCUUUAAAGACAGGAGAGCAGAAAUUAGAGGUGCAGCUCAAAAGCCGUCUGUUAGUGCACUCGGUCAAACAGCUGAUGGGGCCCUGCUGCAGUGUGAAGUUCUUGGUGCUUCUUCAAAACCUACAGUAGAGUGGCAGGACAGUGCUGGAAACAAACUUCCUGCUGAGGAGCCACAGGUCUCAGAAAGAGGAGGCAGCUUCUACAUCACUGUCAACACUACUGUGAUGAAGACCGACAACUAUCGCUGUGUAGCCACACAGGAGGAGAUCAGACAUCAGAUUCAUACUGAGAUCCACGUGUUUAUCUGUGGUGAGAUUCUUCCUGGUUGUGUUUUUAACAUGUCAUUCAUUUUAAUAGUUGUGUUAUUAGUAUUUAAACGUCUUCAGACUGAACACAAAGCAGGUUGUGAUGAAGACGUCUGCAGAAGUGUAAAAAGUUUCAAACUGAGUGAAAGCUUCACUCUUAUACUGAGACUCUGAGACUUCAUGAAUCUACAGAGAUGAGAGGAAGAAUGAGAGGGUCUGCAGGGAAAUAACAGAAAGAAACUCUGAGAUCAGUCUGAUCAAACACAGGAACACAAGA